CUUGACCGUGGUCCUCCCCAGCAUCGCUCAGCCUCCACGAGAGAGUUGGCCGCCCCCUCCCCCCGAGAGGCGUCAAAAUGGACGACGUGCCGCCCAUCGUCAACAUCUCCAUCUCACUCAGGAUCCAGCCCAACGAGGGGCCCGUCUUCUUUAAGGUGGACGGGACCCGCUUUGGCCAGACCAGAACCAUCAAGCUGCUGACGGGGUCCAAGUACAAGAUCCAGGUGGUCGUCAAGCCCGGAACCGUGGAGGCCACCAACAUGAACAUAGGCGGCAUCGUGUUCCCUCUGGAAGAAGAGUCCCGAGACCAGGACCAGGUGGUCUACCAGGGCAAGUACGACACGGAGGGCGUCCCCCACACCAAGAGUGGAGACCGGCAGCCCGUCCAAGUCAGCGUGGAGUUCCAGAAGGCGGGCACGUUUGAGACGGUGUGGCAGGCCAAGUACUACAACUACUACAAGAGGGAGCACUGUCAGUUCGGCAACAAGUUCAGCAACAUCGAGUACGAGUGCAAGCCCAACGAGACGCGGACGCUGAUGUGGAUCAACAAGGAGGCCUUCAACUGAGGUCACAUGGUCUGACCAGAGGCAUGCUGGGAAAGGGAAGAAACGCAGCAAACACAAAAUGACGCCGAGCAAAGUCAUGGUUUUAUUUUCUCUUGCCGUUGAUCAACUAAACUGUUUUCUUAGCAAAGUAAUAAUAAAAGUCACACGUUUGUCUUCGACAAUAAAGACUUCCAACCUUC